AUGAGUUCAAGUAUCAAACUGAACGACGGGCAGAAGAGGAUGCCAGAUGCCAAGAUUGAAAAUCUGCCCCCGAAAGACAAUGGCCUCCAUCAUCUGGUCAACGAGCAGUCUGCCAAGGACGCAUGGAUAUUGCUUCUUGUAUUCCGGUGCAUAAAUGCUCUUGCAGUGCGAACUUUCUUUCAGCCAGACGAAUAUUUCCAGUCUCUGGAGCCAGCAUGGCAGAUGGCGUUUGGUCCUCAAAGCGGUGCUUGGAUCACGUGGGAAUGGCAUCACCAGCUGCGGUCAUCACUACACCCAGCUUUAUUCGCCAUCGUGUAUUAUGCAGCCGAUAAGGUAAUGACAUUCAUGGCUCUCUUCCCUCAGUUCCGAGCCAUGAUUCUAGCCGUGCUUCCGAAUCUGGUGCAAGCCUAUAUUGCAGCUGUUGGAGACUACUACACGUGGCAAUUGGCGGAAAGGAUCUACGGAACUGGUACCAAAGUUUCAAGUGCCGUGUUUUGGAUGACACUCUUCAGUCCCUGGCAGUGGUUUUGCUCGACAAGGACCUUUUCAAAUUGUCUUGAGACUACACUAACGAUUUCGGCUUUAUAUUUUUGGCCUUGGGCAAUGUCCACUGGGUGUAUUCUUGGAAGAGGAAGUGAUGUGUCGCAGAUUGAAGAUGAGGAUGCUAAGCCAAACUCUGCAACGAGCUCUGGUAUUUUCCAAACACCUAGAUCAGUUAAGCACCUCCGCAUUUCUCUUCUCCUGGCCGGUAUUGCCUGUAUUCUUCGCCCAACGAAUGGCCUCAUCUGGUUCAGCAUCCUCAUGCCAACUGUGACGAACUUCUUCGGAACCAAAUCUCAAGCCUCUGUAUCUGACUACGUCAUUCUUCUCCGUGAAGGUAUCAUCUGUGGCUCGAUCGCCCUUUUACUCUCUGUAGCCUCUGAUCGUCUGUAUUUCGGUGAAUGGACAUUUCCACCAUAUCAGUGGUUGCAUUUCAACAUCAGCCAGGAUCUAGCAGUAUUCUAUGGGCGAAAUGAUUGGCACUACUAUAUUUCCCAAGGUCUACCACUUCUUCUGACCACAUAUGUUCCAUUUACCUUGGUUGCGUUGUAUCAGGCUAGUCUACUCUCAUCAUCGAACAUUCGAUUUUUAUUUACGACUACAAUAUUCCUCACACUCGGGACCCUCUCCUUGAUUUCUCACAAAGAAGUUCGCUUUAUCUACCCACUUCUUCCACUCCUCCAUAUUCUUACAGCGCCUACAAUUUCGGCUUUCUUCGAGCCUGAAGCAGCCGCGACGUCGAAGGCCAAGACAGGAUCACAACCAGUCCUGGUGGCAUCGACUUCCACUGUCCGCCGGAAGUCACUUUGCACUAUUAUUUUCCUCAACAUUUUGAUAGCAGGCUACACAUCCUUCUUUCAUCAAACCGGUGUGCUCUCGGUAACGAAAUUCCUCCGCGAAGAAUACGAGACGCUUGCUCUUGACGGUCGAGGUCGACUCCUGUCAGAUCCAGAUGCAGGAAUCGACGACGAAUACAAGAAAUCAACAACAUACACUAACGACGAGACUUUCGCUGGCUUCCUCAUGCCCUGUCAUUCAACACCAUGGCGCUCAGCCCUGAUCCAUCCCGGCCUGAAAGCUUGGGCUCUUGGAUGCGAACCACCUAUCCACCUCGCUCCUCAUACGCCUGAGAGGGAGAAUUAUCGCGAUGAAGCAGAUCGAUUCUACGACGACUCGUUGAAGUUUCUCAAGGAGGAGAUAAACACGAAGGAUAGACCUUGGCCGAGAUACAUCGUUGGGUUCGAGGGCAUCGAGAAGGAUUUAAAGACCUUUUAUGAGGGAGAGAUGAAGGGGUUCAUGGUUAAAGAGAGGUGGAGGACGAGGAACAGUCAUUGGCAUGAUGAUUGGAGGCGAACUGGCGAUGUAGUGGUGUGGGAAUUUGUCGACGGCAGUACACAGAAGUGA